GAUGUGAAGAUGGGUUCAGUGUUCGGUCUCCUGUGGCUGUUUACCGGCUUCCUGCAGGGCGCGCACGGCCAGGGCGUGUACGCGCCCCCUACAGUGCGUAUUGUGCACUCGGGCCAGGCCUGUAACGUGGAGGAGGAGCGCUACAGCGAGCGCGUCUACACCAUCAGAGAGGGAGAAACGCUGGAGCUGCAGUGUCUGGUGACGGGACACCCCCGACCACAGAUCCGGUGGACGAAGACGGCGGGCGGCGCCUCGGACCGCCAGGCCGAGUCGACGCUGCACAACGACACGCUGAAGAUCACAAACAUCAGCCGCCACCAGGGGGGGCGCUACUACUGCAAGGCUGAGAACGGGCUGGGCUCGCCCGCCAUACGCUCCAUACGGGUCGACGUCUACUACCUGGAUGACCCAGUGAUCACGGUGCACCAGAGUGUGGGGGAGUCUAAGGAGCAGUUCUACUUUGAGCGUACGGUGUUCCUGCGCUGCGUGGCCAACUCCAACCCGCCGGUGCAUUACUCCUGGAGGAGGGGCAGGGAGGCGCUGACGCAGGGCUCCGACUCCGGGGUCGAGAUCUACGAGCCCUUCUUCACACAGGGAGAGACGAAGAUCCUGAAGCUGAAGAACCUCCGUCCUCAGGACUACUCCCCCUACACCUGCACCUCCUCCGUCAGGAGCGUCUGCGGCAUCAGAGACAAGAGCACACACUUUAACCUGAGCAACCGGACAGCUCCUCCCUCCAUCAAGCUGCUGCUGGACGACCCGCUGGUGGUGAACCCGGGCGACGCCGUCACGCUGGUGUGCGUGGCGUCGGGCGGAGACCCGCCCCCCGCCCUGCUGUGGGCGCGGCCGGGGGGGGAGGAGCUUCCCAGGAGGAGCGUGGUGAACGGCGGCACGCUGACCAUCCCCGGCGUUACCGUGGACGACGGCGGCGCCUACAGCUGCGUGGCGUCCAACAACGUGGGAAACCCCGCCAAGAAAUCCACCAACAUCCUCGUCAGAGGUCUUCGUAAAGGUCGUUUCUGGAUCACACCGGACCCGUACCACAACGACGACUACAUCCAGAUUGGCCGUGAGGUGAAGAUCAGCUGCCAGGUCGAGGCCACGCCCCCCGAGGAGCUGCAGUUCGGUUGGCUGAAGAACGGGCGGCCGCUGCGCAGCUCGGAGCGGAUGGUCAUCACGCACACCGACACCGAGGUCACGCCCGGCACCACCAACCUCGACAUCAUCGACCUCAAGUUCACCGAUUUUGGCACCUACACCUGCGUGGCAUCGCUGCGGAACGGAGGAACGCCCGAGAUCAGCAUUGAUGUCAACAUCUCUUCCACCACGGUCCCCCCGGUGCUGACGGUCCCCAGAGGACGCUCUCUCCUGAUCGCUCAGGAGGGCGACACGGUGGACCUGCAGUGUCUGGUCUCAGGGAAACCCAAACCCAUCAUCCUGUGGUCGCGGGUGGAGGAGAGCGGCGUGGCGGCGGCGGCGGCGGCCGGCGUCCUGAUGCCGGACGGCUCGGAGCAGACGGAGAGUUACGAUGGCGUCCUCCGCGUCGCCAACGUGAGGAGGGACAUGAGCGGGACGUACCGCUGCCAGACGAGUCAGUACAACGGCUUCAACGUGAAACCCAGAGAAGCUCUGAUUCAGCUGGUGGUGCAGUUCCCUCCCGUCGUGGAGCCGCCGUACACGGAGAUCCGCCAGGCGCUCGGCCGGGCGUUCACGCUGACUUGCCGGCUGCUGCGAGCUCACCCCGCCCGGCUGCUGCGCUACGAGUGGAAGCUGGGCACGCGGCUGCUGACCGUGGGCCAGUUCAGCGAGCAGAAAGACGACACCAGCUACCUGGUCAAAGCUCUGAACCGCGAGGGCUACGGCGAGUACACCUGUGACAUCACCAACGAGGCCGGGGCCGGCCGCUGCACCUUCCUGGUCACAGGGAAGGCGUUCGCUCCGGAGUUCUACCACGACACGUACGGCGCUCUGUGGCAGAACCGGCCACGGGUCUACGGCUUCAGGCUGCAGUGGACUCAGAUGGAGCCCAACGCAGUGGACCGGAUCCUGGCCUACCGGCUGGGCAUCAGACAGAUGGGUCAGUCCCGCUGGUGGGAGCAGGAGAUCCCCAUGGAGGGAAACAUCCAGAAGGGGGAGCUGCUGACCUACAACCUGACCGAACUGGUGAAACCUGAGUCAUACCUGGUCCGCCUCACCCCCAUCACCCGCUACGGCGAAGGGGACGCCACUGAACGCAUCAUCACCUACAGCGCUCCUGUUAACCCUCAUCUCAGGGAGUUCCAGUGUGGCUUCGAGGACGAGGCAGUGUGUUUGUUCUCUCAGGACAAAACGGACGAGUUCGACUGGACGCGUCACAGCGCCGCCACACGAGACACCAAGUACACACCGAACACAGGACCGAGCUCAGACCACACGGGCUCCAAGCAGGGUUUCUACAUGUACAUUGAGACAUCAAGGCCGAGGCUGGAGGGAGACAAAGCCCGGCUGCUGACGCCUCCCUUCAACAUGAACGCCAAGCCCUCCUCCUCCUCCUCCUCCUCCAGCCCCACGUACUGCUUCGCCUUCUUCUACCACAUGUACGGUAAACACAUCGGAGCUCUGAACGUCUUUCUGCGACAGAAAGCUCAGACGGUGACAGACACGUCGGUCUGGAGUCUGACUGGGAACCAAGGGGACCGCUGGAGGCAGGCCAAGGUCAACAUCCAUCCAACCUCCGCCUUCCAGAUGGUGAUGGAGGGAGUCCGCGGCGCCGGCAUCGAGGGAGACAUCGCUAUUGAUGAUGUCACCAUUGAGGAGGGCGAGUGUAAAGACCCGCCCCCCAACAAUCUAAGGUCUCUUGCCCCGCCCUCAGCGCCCCAUAUAUGGCAGCUGUGUGUCACUCUGAGCCUAGCUGUGAUUGGCCGGCAGAGGUGACCCCCCCUCUCUGUGAGACGCCACGACCUUUGAAUCUUUAGCCCCGCCCCCUUUACCCCACCCACCCCAUACUACCAAAGAAGCAGUCAGAGCAACUUCCCACCAAGAUGGCCGACACAAAAGGUCCAAAGUUCACGGAGGAAGAGACGAUUUAGUUAGCUUAGCAUCAGGCUAGCUGCGGCUUACCUUCUCUUCAUUUUAUCACCAAGAAACAAACGUCAUCAGGAGCGAACCAGAGCGGAGACAGUGACGGCCUACAUCUCCCAUCAUGCAGCAG